AUUUUCCUAUAUUUCUCUUGCAAUAUUUAUACUUUUGGAAAAAAACUGUGUUCGGUACAAAGUUUGAAGCAUUUUGUGUGUCCUCUGAUUCAUCAUGGCAGGAGCACUUGUGGGUGGAGCUUUUCUCUCCGGCUUUGUUAACGUUGUCUUUGAUCGGCUUCUUUCACCUGAAGUUGCAAGCUUGAUCCGAGGCAAGAAGCUUGACCACAAGUUAGUUGAAAGAUUGAAAACUACCCUUUAUGCUGUUGAGGCUGUGCUUAAUGAUGCUGAACACAAACAAAUCAACGAUCAUGCUGUGAAGAAGUGGCUUCAUGAUCUCAGAGAUGCUGUUUAUGUGGCUGAUGACUUGUUGGAUCGUCUCUCUACUGAAGCUGCCACUCACAAGGAGGUAAAUGCCUAUUUCUCUCGCUUUCUCAAUUUGGGAGAUAGAAAGGUGGUGAGUGAAAUAGAAGUCAUCACUAGCAGAUUAGAGUAUCUUGUUAAGUUCAAAGAUACUCUUGGUUUGAAAGAGAUUCCGAGUGAGAACUUCUCAUGGAGAAAAACAACAUCUUUGCCAGAAGGACCUGGAUCUGGAUCUGAUAUUUAUGGAAGGGAUCAAGAUAAGGAGAACAUGAAAAAGCUGCUGUUAGACGUGAGUAGUGAAGAAAAUGUUUGUGUGAUUCCUAUUGUGGGCAUGGGUGGAGUUGGAAAAACCACUUUAGUCCAGUGGUUGUACAAUGAUGAGAAUUUGAUGGGGAAGUUUGAUUUGAAAGCAUGGGUUUGUGUUUCUGAAGAAUCUGAUGUUUUUAACAUUACAAAGGCUGUCAUAGCGGCGGUUACUCGUGAUGCUUGUGAUGCAAAGGAUUUAAAUUUACUUCAACUUGAUUUGAAGGAAAAGUUGUCAGGGAAGAGGUUUUUGGUUGUUUUGGAUGAUGUUUGGAACAUUGAUCAACACGGUUGGAAUAGUUUUAAAAAGCCUUUUCAAUACGGGACUAAAGGAAGUAAAAUUCUUGUGACAACUCGACUUGAAAAGGUUGCUUCAAUAGUCCAAACUGUUCCACCGUACCCUCUACAUGAGUUGUCGGAUGAAUAUUGUUGGUCAGUGUUUGCAAAGCAUGCCCGUUUUCCAGAAUCUGGUGGCGAUUCAAAUCUAGAAAGAAUUGGUAAAGACAUUGUCAAGAGGUGUCGAGGAUUGCCUUUGGCUGCAGAAACCCUUGGUAGUCUAUUGCAAACAAAACAUGAUGCAGGGAAUUGGAAGACUGUAUUGACAAGUGACCUUUGGGGAAUUCCAAUGGAAGAUAGUAAAAUUAUUCCAGCUCUGAAAAUAAGUUAUUACCAUCUCCCUCCACAUCUAAAACGUUGUUUCGCUUAUUUUGCGUUGUUCCCCAAGGAUUAUCGAUUUUAUGAAGAUGAACUAAUCCCCCUGUGGAUGGGGGAAGAUCUUCUGCGAUCACCAAAGAGAGGAGAGACGUUGGAAAAAGUUGGUUACGAGUGUUUUGCUGAUUUCACUUCUCGAUCUUUUCUUAAAAAGCUCAGAACUGAUUAUGGGUAUUUUGUAAUGCAUGACCUGAUGCAUGACUUGGCCAUAUCUGUUGCUGGGGAAUUCUAUUUUUGGUCAGAAGAACUUGGGAUGUUUGACAAGAGUAAGACUCUUACUCGUCAUCUGUCGUAUGGAACGUUGACUCAUUCAAUUUCAAAAACUUUCGAUGCUAUUGAUGAAUUAAAAUCUUUGAGAACAUUUUUGCAAGUCCAAUUCUCACGUCCUUCGCUCCCCUUUGAGCGUGCCAUUUUGAUCAUAUUAUCAAAGUUUAAAUACCUAAGAGUUUUGUCAUUCAACAAUUGUCGAGAAUUUCGGGUAUUACCUGAUCAAAUAGGUGAAUUGAUCCAUCUUCGUUACUUGGAUCUCUCUGAUACAAGUAUCGAAACAUUGCCAACAUCAUUGAGCAAAUUGUACAAUUUACAAACACUGAAGCUGUCUUCUUGUGAUUGUCUAACUAUGUUGCCAAGUGGUAUGCAAAAUCUUGUGAAUUUGCGACAUCUUGAUGUCACGGGUACAAAACUAAAAGAGAUGCCUCGGGGAAUGAGCAAACUAAAACAUCUGCAGUAUUUAAGUGACUUCGUUGUGGGCAAGCAUGAAGAGAAUGGGAUCAAGGAAUUAGGAGAACUCUCUGAUCUCCAUCAAUUCCUACAACUCAUGAAAUUGGAGAAUGUUACUAAUAGUAGCGAAGCAGAGGAAGCAAGGAUAAAGAAUAAGACACACAUAAAAUGUUUGACCUUAGACUGGUCUCGGGAUAGGGAUAUGAAUACAUCCUCCCACAUUGAAGGAGAAAUAUUUGACAAGUUACAACCUCACAAAGGCCUAGAAGCACUUGAAAUCGUUGGGUAUAGGGGUACAAGAUUUUCAGAUUGGGUAGGGCAUUCUUCUUACCACAAGAUGACUCAUGUAACUCUUGCAUCUUGUAGGAAUUGUUGUUUCCUUCCUUCACUUGGACAACUACCACAUCUCAAGUCCUUGUUGAUUUCAUAUUUUGAUAUGUUGGAGAGAAUUGGUGAUGAGUUUUACAAGAACGGUAACGAUGUUUCUUCUCUAGAAACACCGUUUCCGUCGUUAGUGAAACUAAGAUUCGAUGGAAUGUCUUGUUGGGAGGUGUGGCAUUCAUCUGAAUCCUAUGCAUUUCCUCAACUUGAGGCCUUAAAAAUAAUUGAUUGUCCUGGCUUAAGGGGAGAUCUGCCUCAUCAACUUCCUCUAUUGAAAAGACUUGAUAUACAAAGUUGUCCCAAAUUAACAAAUCUGCCCAAUCAAUUUCUUGCUUUGGAAGUUCUUCGAAUUGGAGAAUGUGAGCUGCUUGUUUCUUCUCUUAAGCAGACUCCUUCAUUACAGGAGUUAAGGAUAUCUGGUAGCAAUGGAGUAAGAUUGCAAGAGUUUCCUAUUUUAUUACAGUCUUUAUUCGUUGAAGGACUGGAGCUGGUGGAGUCCGUGAUUGGGGUCAUCACCAGCGCCCAACCAACUUGUUUACAAUCUUUAAGCAUCUCAAAUUGUUCCUGUGCCUUGGCAAUUUCAAGUGAUUGUUUACCAAAAUGUUUGAAGAACCUCACAAUCGAAAACUGUAGAAAUGUACAUGUCCCAAAUCAACAUAGCUUGUUAGAGUCGUUAACAAUAAUUGACAGCUGCGAUUCACUCGCAUCUUUCUCAUUGGAGGCCUUUCCCAAUCUCAUGUGUCUGGAAAUUAGAGGGUGUUUAACUUUGCAAUCUUUUUCAAUGCCACCAGUACAGUCGAAGGCAUCUAUUCUAGAGAGUCUCGACAUUUAUAGCUGCCCUAAUUUUGUGGGGUUCCCAACAGAAGGAUUGGAUGCACCCAAACUGACUGGGUUUUAUCUCGAGGACUGCCAUAUGUUGAAGUCAUUACCUUCUCACAUGAAUACUCUACUCCCUCGGUUAAAUUCUCUUUCAAUGAGAGAUUGCCCUAACAUUGAUUCGUUUUCUGAAGGGGGUCUUCCGGCCAACUUGGCAACACUUGGUAUUGUGAAUUGCGAGAAUCUAUUGAUGUGCCUAUCAUUAAUAGGUGUGCACCAGGGUCUCACUAAUUUAACCAUUGGUGGUGCCAAUUCAUUCUUAAGGGAGGGUUUGUUGCCUCAGCUUCCCUCUCUUGCCACUCUAGAACUGGAGGACUUUGAAACUAUGGAGACGAUGGAUUGCAACAGCCUUCUCCAUCUCACCUCCCUUCAAGUUUUAAGUAUUAGAGACUGCCCCAAACUGAACAAUAUGGUGGGGGAAAGAUUGCCUCCCUCUCUGAUAAAACUCGAAAUCAAUCGCUCUCCUUUGUUGGGAAAACUGUGCAAGAAGAAGCAUCCUCAAAUUUGGGACAGAAUUUCCCACAUUUCUGGCAUUAAAGUUGACUGGAAAUGGGUUUCGUGACCUAGAAUUGUCAGCGGGUAAUUGUGAUGCACUUGUGUUGAUGGUACCAUAAUUUCAUUUGGCUGUUCAACACAUUUGAUGUGCUUCUUAUUGUUUCUAAAGGAUUUGUUUCAUUGUUUACAUAGUUAUACUUCUCAGAUUAUUAGCCCCCCUCUCAUUAUUUUUUUCCUUCUCUUUAGUGAAACAAAGAUUUUAUCUCCAACACUGUAGGCAUUUGCAACCUCCUUAUACGUGUGUAUGCCCACCUCACUUUAAUUAAUAUAUACACUG